UCGGAUCGCUCCGCUCUACUAUCUAGUCCUCACCCCCCUCCCUCGCUCAGCAAGAAGGUUGCCGGGUCGUUUCACGGACUUCCAGUGUAGAGCGCGACACGCGAGUCGAGAGCUGAGUCGAGUACGCCUCAACCUCACCUCACCUGGGACCAUGGACCCGUGGACCGCCGCCUUCUCGCUGCUUCUUGCCGGGUUCUUCUUCCUGUCCUCCGCCACGCUCACUCACUUCGACUCGGAGUGUUACACAGCCAACGGGGAGGACUACAGGGGCUUGCAGAAGCAGACCAUUUUGCACUCAGGGAAGCCUUGCCUCUUCUGGAACGAGACCUUCCAGCACCCCUACAACACGCUCAAGUACCCCAACGGCGAAGGCGGCUUGGGGAGCCACAACUACUGCAGGAACCCCGACGGGGACGUCCAGCCGUGGUGCUAUAUUGCAGACCAUGAAGACGGAAUCUACUGGCGGUACUGCGACAUCCCAACAUGUCAGAUGCCGGGGAACCUGGGCUGCUUCCGAGAUAGCGGGGACCCCCCCACCUUGUCCGGGCCCACCGAGACCUCCAACAAGCUAACUAUCCAGACCUGCAUCAGCUUCUGCAGGAAGCAGAGAUACAAGCUGGCAGGCAUGGAGUCGGGGUACGCUUGUUUUUGCGGCAACGAAGUGGACCUUGAUUACCACGGCGAAGCUCCCAGCAAGGAGUGUAACCACGUUUGUUUCGGCGACCACACGCAGCCGUGUGGAGGAGACGGCUGGGUCAUCAUCUUCGACACUCGGGUGGGUUCCUGUGGAGGGAAUUACUCUUCCCCAUCCGGAGUCAUCUACUCCCCGGACUUUCCAGACAAAUACGGAGCUGGUCGCGUUUGCUACUGGACGGUGCAGGUGCCUGGAUCCUCUGCCAUCCUCUUCAACUUCACCUUCUUCGACAUCACAGAUCAGACGGAUAUGGUGGAGCUGCUGAACGGUUACACCAAUGAGGUGGUGGCUCGCUUCGACUGGCGAAGCCCGCCCCGCCAGCUGGUCAACGUCACCGGAGACUUUGUCAUACUCUACUUCUACUCGGACCGUACCAACCAGGCGCAAGGGUUUGCGCUGAUCUACCAAGCACUGAGAAGCCACGAGGACGAGGAGGCCGCGGAGGAUGAGAAUGAAGGCUUCUCCAGCACGGUGGAACCUCAGCCAGCCCCCGGCGUCACCGACGGUGCCAAUGUAACAGCCAAAGGACGCUCAUCCUCGUCCUCACAGAUCCUCUACGUGAUCACGUCCAGCCCCGGCAAACCGGAGCACAGAAUGCCAGGUCAGUGGGCUGGACCUGGACAGACCACCGGACACAACGCUAUGUGGAGCAUCUACGCCCUGGCCGGCCUCCUCAUCCUCACCGUUGUCGCCAUGCUGGCCAAGCUGCUGCUGCACAUCACAGUCAAGUCCCCGGGAAUCCCCACAGUGAGCGGCCCGGACAACUGCAACCAGAACGUCUCGACGUCAUCAGAGCCGUGGAUUAUCCUGUAUCGGCCCUCCACCAUCUCCCUCUUCAAGAAGAAGCUCAAGAGCCACCACCACCAUCACGGAGACCUCAGUCCCCUGGUGGGCAACUAGUACUUACCCUCCAACGGCUUCCUCUGAACUCCUUGGUUAGCGAGGUGCUAAGCUAACUAGCAGCUAAUGCGGGUAUCCUGGUGGCACCCCCUGGCUUGACGUAGGGAGGAAGACAAGCGGUGCCCCUUCCUGUUGGCAUAGCUUCUGCGCCAAGGUGGUGCUGCUUCUCCGUAACACGGGCCUUGUAUCCAAAGGUUUUCGGGGUAACCAGUUGCCCUCGGAGAGGAUGAGUUGCUCACGGAUUGGAGCGGACGCGCCGAGGAUUGAGUGGAAGACUUAGCGUCACGUAGUGUUCAAGUGUUCAAGUGCCUUGUGGCAUAUCCCCUCCCUCUUCUAACACGUCUCAUACGUGACGAGGAUUUAUUUUUGUAAGCCUUUGUAAAUAGUCGUCACGAGGCGUUCAAUGACGAGUUCAUUUGUGUUCUUUGUCUUUACUGAACAUAUUGUUCAUAUUAGCUUUGAAAUGUGGGUGAGGGGUAAUGUAGUAUCGCAUGUACCAGAAUUCCGCAUGGUUGAUCAUUCUUUUGACACCAUAGGGAUAAAAGUAUUGGGACACCCCAGAAUCACGAUGAAUGGGAAUUAACUGAAAAAUCACCUGAUCAUCAACUACCAAAGUCUCGUAAAAUUUUGGUUACACAUUUACAGUAUGUUUAGUAAAACACAUGACCAUUAAUAAUACAUAUCGGCAUGGUCUUAUAGCUGUGCCACAAGUGCAAACAUAGCCACAGAGAGCGCUCACCCUUAAACGCCCCACCUCAAAUAAACAUAGUAAACAGUAUGAUUAAUAAAACAUGCGACAAACAGUAAUAAACCUCAGUCUGGUCUAUAGGUCGCGCAACAAGUGAAAUUUUUACUUGCGUUAAUCUGAGCGCUCACACUUGAAUGGCCCACCACAAAUACAAAUAUUUUCUCAACAAAAACUCUAAAUAUAAACAAAGAAACUAUCCAUCCAUCCAUUAUCUGACCCGCUUAUCGUCACAAGGGUCCCGGAGCGCUGGAGCCUAUCCCAGCUAUCAUCGGGCAGGAGGCGGGGUACACCCUGAACUGGUUGCCAGCCAAUCGCAGGGUACAUAUAAACAAACAACCAUUCGCACUCACAUUCACACCUACGGGCAAUUUAGAGUCUUCAAAUAACCUACCGUGCAUGUUUUUGGGAUGUGGGAGGAAACCGGAGUGCCCGGAGAAAACCCACGCAGGCACGGGGAGAACAUGCAAACUCCACACAGGCGAGGCCGGGAUUUGAACACUGGUCCUCAGAACUGUGAGGCAGAUGCUCUAACCAGUCGUCCGCCGUGCCGCCCAAAUAAACUAUGUAUAUAUGAUAACAAGUAAUAAUGAGUUAAAGUAUGUUUAAAAAAACGUGGCCAUCAAAAGUAAACAUCGGUAGCAAGUACAAACUUGGCGCACUCACAACUAAAUGCCUUGCCACAAAUAAACACCUCCUUUUGUUCCCCUCUGGAAAACAAAACAUUGGUAAAUAAGCAAAGUAUAUUUAAUAAAGCAUAAAACAGCAAACUGGACUCAAACUUAGCCACAGUGCUAGCACUUGAAUACCUUACCUCAAAUAAACGCUGUCAACUGUGUUUAAUGAAACACAUGGUAAUACACAUCAGUGCGGUCUUCAGGCCGUCCCCCAAGUGAAAACUUGAAUUAAAGUAGCCACAGCGCUUGCACUUAAAUGCCUCACCUCAAAUAAACGUCAUCAACUGUAUGUUUAAUAAAACAUUUCACAAAUAGUAAUAUACAUCAAGUGCAAAAUGCACGAGCUUAACACAUUGCCCUAAAAUUCCCAGAAAUUCUGUAAGCCUCGUCCCACUGCUUUACUCCAGAAAGUGUGCGUCUCUUCUUUUCAAUGUCGACAAAGCAAAUCCCAUCAAAACAUACUUGACAGUCAGAAUAUAUUAAACCAGAUGCACUUGCAUUCAAAGAGAAACUUUCAAAAGCUAAAAAAAAAAAGUACUUAUAACAACCUGAGCACUUGCACACAAAAAGUAGAAGAAGAUGAAUCACC